AUGGCUACAGACUUGUCAAGGCUAAAUACAAUGUUCUCUGGUAGAAAAACCAUCACCCUCACCAUGGAUGACAACGAAGAGAUAACAAAAACUUUCCAAGGCGCCAAGGUCUGGUGGGUUUCAAACAAAACCAUCACCAAAUCACAGUCGAUCUCGUUUUACCCUGCGAGGUUCGAAACCCUAGCCAUGGAGAAAGAAAUGAAACAACAGAUUAUAUAUGAUCUUGUCAACUUCAAGAAUGGGAAAGAGUAUUAUGACAAGAUUGGAAAAGCUUGGAAGCGUGGUUAUUUACUAUACGGUCCUCCGGGGACCGGGAAAUCUACGAUGAUAGCUGCUAUGGCUAAUUUCAUGUACUAUGAUGUGUAUGAUCUUGAGUUGACGGCUGUGAAGGAUAACACGCAGUUGAGAACUUUGUUGAUUGAGACAACAAGUAAGUCUAUUAUUGUGAUUGAAGAUAUUGAUUGUUCUCUUGAUCUUACUGGGAAGAGGGUGAUGAAAAAGGAGAAGGAAAAGAGUGAGGAUGCCAAAGAUCCUAUUAAGAAGACCGAAGAAGAAGAGAAUAAUAAGGAGAGUAAGGUGACUUUGUCGGGUUUGUUGAAUUGCAUUGAUGGGAUUUGGUCGGGUUCUGCUGGAGAGAGGAUCAUUGUUUUCACGACAAACUAUGUGGACAAGCUUGAUCCUGCUCUCGUUGGGAGUGGAAGGAUGGACAAGAAAAUCGAAUUGCCUUAUUGUUGCUUUGAGGCUUUAAAGGUUUUGGCAAAGAUUUAUUUGGAUGUUGAUCACCAUGGUUUGUUUCAUGCUGUUGAGGGGUUGUUGGAAGAGAGCAAUAUGACACCUGCUGAUGUUGCUGAGGAUAUGAUGCCUAAGUCGAAGAGUGAUGAUGUGGAGACAUGCUUGAAGAAGUUGAUUGAAUCUCUUGAGAAGGCCAUGAAGAAGGAUCAAGAAGAAGCACAAAAGAAGCGUGAUGAAGAAGAAGCUAGGCUGAAGGAAGAGAAGGAACAGUUUGCACAGGAAGAAGCAAAAAAGAGUGAUGAGAAAGCUGGGAAAGACGUGAAGGAGAAUGGUUUCGUCCAUUGA